AUGAACCGCUUUCCGGACAAUGACCCCUACGAGGUGCUCGGCCUCCCGCGCGGCUGCACGGCAUACGACAUCAAGACGGCCUACAAGAAGCUUGCCCUCAAGAACCAUCCCGACCGAGCGCCAACAGCAGAGAAAGAGGCGGCCACUGCCCGCUUCAAGAUCGUCGGAGAAGCAUACGAGUUCCUUUCCGACGACCGCAAACGUCGGGAGUACGAUGCCUUCCGUCCAGGACCUAGCGGAAGCUUCGCACCUGGUCCUGAGUACGAGGAUGACGCAAGUCGCAAACACUUCGGUACGAGUCCGGACGGUGUUCCAUUCAGCUUCAUGUGGGAGUCGAGCGCGGAUUCUGCGAGAAGAGCCCAAGCGGGUCGACGAGCGGGAAGGCCAUUCGGCGCUGAUGGUCACGAUCCAUUCGAGCUGUUCAACAUGAUGUUCAACAGGGAGUUCAGCUCGAUGAAAGGAGGGGCAAGGAGCAACAUGCAGGAUCCUUUCGCCAGCAUGGGUGGAGGACAGAGCAUGGGCGGCAGCCUGUUCGGCGACAACGACCCUUUCUUUCAGAACCAUCGCAGGAUGGCCGACACCAUGGGCUUCGGCUUCGGAGCACCAUUCGCGCAGGAUCGAGGACCACCUCCUCCGCCAAUGGGCAUGCAAGCAAACGGACCCUUCGGCAUGGGCUUUGGCGGCCAUAGUAGCAGUAGCAGCAGUACUACAACAACCUACGGAGGCUUCUCAGGCACGAGCGAAAGCACCACCACCCGCAUCGUCAAUGGACGCAAGGAGAUCGUCACUCGCAAAGUCGACCAGCACGGCAACGAGACGAUCCACACAGCUACCCCAGAGGGAAGCACUGUCCACGUCAAUGGCGUUCAGCAAGCGCAGCAUCCGCUGCUCGGCAAUGCAGCACCACACGCUCCAACCGCUUUGCCAACUGUAUCGAGGUACGCAAACACAGCCGGAACUGCCGACAACCCUAUCGUGAUCGAUUCGGAAUCCGCGCCUCCUACGCCGAGUACCUCACGACCGCCCUUUGGCUCCAACGUCUUCAACACGUAG